CUCUACACAUCAACUACUUGGACUAAUAAGGUUUGAAACAGCCUGAAAAGGAGUCCUUCAUUGCUGGUUGUGAAUGCAGCCCCUCUUCCCCUGCUCUCGAGCGCCCCCGCGUGGCCUAAUUAAGACAGGAAGUUGUUACUGGUUUUGGGGGGAAAGCUUCCCAAGCUCGGUAUCCAAGUCAAACAAAGUGACUAAAUACCUGUAUAUCUAAGCAUAUAUUUCUUUCACUUUUACAAAAAUAAUGUGUAAUUCUAACGUGUCGUGAAAGAAGUGUAAAUUUACAGCACAAUUUGAGCUUUCUUUGCCUCUAGAGCUCUCAUAGACAAGGAGAGAGCCCUGAACAUGUACCCAAACGAUUCGGGAAGACGGCAAUGUACAAUAUUCGACCUACAAAUGAGCUGUAAACACUCUCUACUCUAAUGAGAUUAAAAAUAGUUUGUGUGCUAUCUCAACCUGUAGUUGAGAUAGCACACAGGCAAAUGUCGACACAUGGUUUUACAGUUCACCUGGCUUUUUGGAGAUGUAGGCCUGGAGGUAUUGGAUUUUGGCCUAUUUUCCACCAGACUGCUGUAACAGGUGAAAUCAUCGCUUCAACACAGGUGAGCACGUUAAAUUCUGUCUGCUGCCUCUCUUUGUAUCACUUCAUGCUUUCAUCCUGUCCGUAAAAUAACCGAUUUAAUUGAUGAACAUUAGGCCAGGAUUUAUAACCUGCCCCACCCGUGUGUUUCUGGUUUGCCUAUUCAUUUUUGAAGCGUACAAAUUAUUGCUUUACAAACAACCAAGUGUUAGCUUGUAAUUGUAUUAAUCGUGUUUAUUUAAUGUCGGAUUCCUCCGCUUUGAGUGGCUCUGGGAGGCCAUUUAACAAACAGCAACUUUACUACAGAGACAAGCUGUCUGCUUUUGUUUUUUUUAACGUCAGCCCAAGAUGAUUAAAUAGUCAAUACUUGUUGGUUUUGUUAAUAUUGGGGAGAUUUCAUUCAAGAAAAUUGAUCAAUGCAGUGGUUAGUGUUACAACGCCCAAAUCCUGCACCUGCAAGACCGCACUACGGGUAUUUUCGCCCUUUGAUAAAUUGAUUCGUAUUGAUCGUUAACGAUCGACUAAAUAUCGAGGGAAAAUAGAGUUAUCCUGCAGCUACCGAGUUUUACAUUUGAAUGUAAAACUGCUAUAGGCCAGUCAUGAGGAAAAAAACGACGUUCACUAAGUUGGAUUUCCUAUUUGUUUUGAUUUGAUCAGUUUACUAUGAAUAUAUCGCUCUCACUCUAAAUGUGUCCAAUAAUGAAGCUUAAAUGGUUUUCUAACAUUACUCCGUUUAGUAAAGUAUCGAAAAGAUGGGUCAAAUAAAAUAAAUUCAUUUUACUAAGAGAACACCGCACAAUUGAAUAUAUGUGUGAUUUUCUUAUUUUAAAAGAUAGCCGAGAAAGCUAAAGUCUGUGUCGUGUUUUAUGUUAUACAGUCUUCUCUCAGAGGAUUUCAGUUACUGUCGUCUUGGUUAUAAAGAGUGUCAAACUUAUUUCUAAAUUAAAUAUAACCCUCCGAGAAUACUGCUUCUAUUGACAACCUCUGCUGUGUCACUGACCUUAUUACUUUGACUAAAUUGUUUUCUCGGUGUCUGUCUUCUUCGCGGUCAUGCAGGUUUACUUGAAUAGAAAGCAGGGUUUCUUCCCGUUACAAUCGACCAUCAUGCACCCACGUCUGAAUGAAACACUUGAUGUCCUCCUGCAGGGAAGAUGUGAGUCUUUGCUCAAGGACACACUGUGGACAGAGAGCUCAAUCAACUAUCGGAUUCAAGACAUCUACAAGGUAGAAACAAGUUUUUAAAAAAUCUUUUUUUUUUCUUUUUUCUUUUUUCUUUUUAGAAAUGUAGAAAAAGGACCUGACUGUGGGCACAAUUCAGACUUCUCAGAGGAGUCUACCAUUAGACUAUAAAAUGUGACAAAGUAGACUAGUUGGACUGGACUGACUUUUCAUUUUCAAAAAGGUCUUACGUCUUAACUUUAUGCACAAACAGUUUGCAGUGAAGUGAAUUGAACACUGGUUGAUAUUUGUGGGUUUCUAUUCCAGAUGUGAGACUUUAUAAUAUUUGGAAUAUCGUAAAACCUAAGAGCUUUUUGACUGCCACAUGGUUUAGAGUUCAGCCUUUUUACAGCCAUGUCAGCAUCCUCAUCAGAAUAUAUGAUAAUGUAUUUUUAAACCACUUCAUCAUCAUCAAAUAAAUCGUACAGUAUGGAAAUAUAGAGGAUUUGCUUUUAAUUAAAAGCUAAUACUCCUGUUAGUGUGUAUUGAUUGUGAGGUACACCCACGCCUCAGCCUAAAGUGAUGCAUUUGUUGAGCCUUGAACAUUUUUUUUUCUGUGUUUUUCUCUUGUUUGGCAAAUUAUGAGGCAGAGACGAGGGGAUCUCAAGGACGGCGUGGACUUCAAUUUAAUCGAAGAGGCUGAGAGUGGAGUGGAAAGAGUGACACACCGAGGAGAGAAGUUCAUUAUUCUGCUGAAAAGGAAACCAAUGGCUUUCACUGUCGCCAUGGCAACGGGCCUUUCUCUCGCCGUCAGACCUAUGAUAAGGUACUUCACAGCAUUAAGCACAAUUAUCGCAAGGUAAAAAGGGGAAAUAUUGCUCCCAAUGCUAAUAGAUGUUAGAUAUUGAUUGGCAUGGCGAUUCAUAUAGAAGUGCGCCCCGGCGGUUUCACCUCUCUGACUCUUUGCAACCUUUUAUUGAAAAUUGAUGGAGGUGAUGCUGGAUAUGGGCCUCCUUUUUAUGGCACUAGGGUCUUCCAGUUCUCUUUACUUUAAUAUCAUAAAUACGCUUUACUUGUGUCAGCAAGAAGGUAAAGAUAAACUCAGUCAUGACAAAAUGAGAUAUAUCUCAAAAACUGCAAAAAAAACAUGUGCAUCGUUUUCAAGAGAGAAAAAUCUGCAUGUUUUCCCACCGUCUUUGUCAUAAAAACUCUCAUAACAUAAAUACUAAAUAGCGGCUGCUUCCUGUCAUUUGCAUGCCAUUUUGUUGUCAAGUGACCCCGCUCGCACUCUCGCACAAUAGCGGGCCGGCCUUGGCAGCAGCGAGGUCAGCAUCAAGCACAAGUCCAGGCUAUGGGGGGUGUUUGGUUGGUGACGGCCUGCCCGUUUAGUGAGAGGAUGGUGGAUUAGCAUAGCAGAAAGCACGGGAGCUGCUGUGUGUGUGUGGGGAGGGACACGGCUGGUUGUGGGGGACAGAUUGUUUUAACCCCUAUUACAGCAACUGCAUGGCGCUCCUCUUAUCUGGGCCUCUGCAGCCACUCAUUAAUAUUCCGUACAUAUGGCAGAGCUUUCUGUAUCAUUGUCUAUUAAUGGGAGGGAUAAUCGCUCAUUCAAUUAUCAAGCAGUCAGCAAAAGACCAGCGGCGCCUGCGCACCCCCUGGUUCACACAGUGGCACAGCCCAAAACAGAGGUGUGCUAGCGAGAAGGUGAGAGCGAUAGCGGGGGAUUACAACGUAUUAGCUACUUUAAUAAAUCAGAAGGCGGGAAUAAUGGGAGCCAAAUAAGGGAUCUGCUGGAGAAAAGGAAACAUGCCUGAACUUUAGAGCAACAAAGCAGAACAUGCUCGAGGAAAAAGUCACAGCCAUGAUACAUGUGAGACUUUCAGAGAUGAUUUUAAUCGCUGAUCUCUGCAGGGAUGACCUCCAGCUUUGAGAACUGAGAAAUAGACUCUGACAUGUGUGCAGAAAGAAGCUUGACCCUAAUGUCUGCUAGGCCAAAGAUCUGGGAACAGAUCAAAUGUAGCCUUCAUCCCCUGUUGAUCUGUGCUUUGUGGCCCCAGGACCCCGCACUGUCGGUCCCCCUGCUGCAGGGGUCAUGGCCUGGAUGUGAGGGGGUUACUGAUUAUAGUGUGACCCCUGGCUGUUUUGACCUGAGGAGACCUUGUUGAGUCAACAGAAGCACAUACACACAGACAGAGGAGAGAGGGAGAGUUAAAGGAAGGUGGUUCAGUUAUCCAGAGUUUCUUCAGGAGGUGGAGCAGGAGAAGAUGUGGAGUGCAGAGCUGUUGCAGGCGAGGGGGCGGGGGGAGUGUGAACAAGAUAGGAGGUGAAAUGUUAACAAAAUCUUAUAAAAUCCGUAGUUUGAUAAAUUUUCGCAUCCUGAAUGAACCGGAGGCGGCUGUGGCUGCUGUGCUGGAGGGGUCUUUUGUUGGAGGUCCCAUUUUCUCUGGCGGAGCAGCACGCUCACAGGGUCAGCGAAGUUACGAAAGUAAUUAAAGCUCGGUGAUUCACUGCCUGCUGCAGAGAAAAGAAAGCAAGCUGUCAUUCUGAUUUAGAAAAAUAAAUUACAAUUUUAAUAAUGGGGGAGGAUGGGGGUGCGAGAACGUCUCGAGCCUUGGUUAGUUUUGAGGGGGAGGCGGGGUGGGCAUGUUGGCGGGAGGAGGGGUCGAGGGGGUUGCUGGCUGCCUACUUAUCAAUAGUUGCAAUUUUUUUGAAACCGCAUCGGUAGUACAUUGCGAGAGCACAAGUGCCCUUAAAAAAAGAAAACCCUGGAACAUUAACAUACUGAUUUCAUGCGCAUGGCAAAGGGCCUGAGCCAAUAUCAGAGAGGACUCAGCACUCCUAUUGUCUGCUGGGACUCUGGUCCCCUCUGAUAUGAAAAUUCAAUUAUUUUAUAACUAGAUCUGGCGCUGCGUUUUGACAGUCGACAGUAGCGCCUUGCCAGCUGCAUCAGUGUGGGGGACCAGGGGCUCCUGAUAGCGGGAGGGAGGCCCUUUCAGACAUUGACAUGUUUUUGGGGGACAAGAUUGCCUAAAUGUGUUGCAUUUAAGGACUGAAAGUUAAUCUAAUGCACCACCAUUAUCUCACUCAGGUAAUUCCAAUACCAUCCUCAAUCUAUGUUUACGCUGCCGCACGCAGCUGCAUACUCACACAGCCAUUCAUUCACGGGCACUUUGAAUCUGAUUCCCAGGCUUUCUGCAUCCAAACAGGUAAUGUAUUUAUUUAUUUCUUGGCUGGGCUGGAAACUAUAUAACAUCCAACUUGUUUUCUCGGAGACAUCAGCAGUUUCUAGGUGUUAUUUCUGUAAGAGGACAGGAGAAAACAUGCAACACAAUGUCGUAAAAUCCCUUUUAGAGAACAGUUUUCCAAGUUCUUUCUAUGUUUGCAUUGCCGACUGUAAAUAAUAUACCUAUACAAUAUUCAUAUUCUAAGUUAUACACACGUCGCAUGUAUAAUGUAGACACCUUUACUCCAGUUUUUUAAUAAUAUUCUUGCGUGAAAAAAUUCAAAUUUCUGCGAGUUUAAUACUCUUUUAUUAUGUUGAUUUUAAAAACGUCCUCAAUUUAAUGUCUAAAACGCAGAGAGGCCAAACUUUGAUGAGUUUGGAUUAACUUCACUUAUAGCUUUAGGGCACAUUUCUCUUGGCCUGCAUAAAUAUCUGACUGCAGCAAGAAUCAAAUUUUAGAUAAAUCGCUUCUAUAUUAUUUUGAAGUGUGAAGAAAUUCCUUUUGAGUACAGAGGCCAAACUUUUUCAAGGUUGCAUACUCUUCACAGUGAAAUAUUAACACCUUGAUUCCUGAAGUUCCUGAUAAAAGAAAAAUAUUACUUUCUUUAAUGUACAAGUUUAACUUUUACAUCUUUUCCAUAUUUAAAAGAAUAUCCUCCGUGCUCAAGUUUUAUUAGUUCAGACAGCAACAUUUUUCAGGGCGCUAUCCGCACAGACACAUGAGCUGGCCUAUUUUCCAGUUUACAGGACGAGUCCUUUCAUUACCUCAGCGGCUCAUUGUGAGCGUCCUGAGGGGGGUCUGUUAAGAUUAGGGAACAGGAAGCAGCCCCCCCGGUAGGCCCUCUCUUCUCAGACCCCUCUGUGUUUCUCUUAUUAACCCAGCCUGGGAGAAGACGUACCUGCCUCCCCUCAUUAGGGCUGCGCUGGAGUACGCGCUCAGCCUUCUGAAGAAUGGAGCAUUAAUUAGUAUUCUCCGCAGGGGGAACUGCCAUUAGCACUUAAUUAGCAGUAAGAGUACCAUUCAGUGAGGCGGCCAGUUAGUGUCUGACACAGUAUGUUCUGCGUCUUUUCCCUGUGUGUCAUACUGAAACUGAUGAAAGACUUGUUUGUGCAGAGUGCUGCUUUCCAACACAUGUUGUCAUAAAUUCGUCCAGUUUCUAUUUUCAGUUUUUUUUUUUGCGUAUCUUUUCAGACUCAAUCUUGCAACCCCUCUGAUUGAUUCCUCCAGAUUUUCCUCCUGAAAGAGCUAAAACUCUUAAAUCAGGAUUAGACAUCUCAAGAAAGACAUUUUUUGUGAUUAUUUUGAUUGACUGUGAUCGAGCUAAGUCUUACAGCCUAAAGCUGUGCGCCUGCUUCAAGCGCCUGCUUCCUAUAGAGUUGAACUCCGCUCUCCCCUCUUACCUCUAUUGACCUCCAUGAGGGCAAACUCUGUCCUCACUCACCCGCACACCUCAGCCCAGGGUGCUAAAGUGGGCGAUUUGGUGGGUGAUGAGGUCAACUUUCCCCUGCUGGACUCUUUGAUCUGCUGAGUAGGCAUUCUUCUCUCUUUUCUCUCUGUUCUCUGUCCAGCACCGUCACCACCGAGCAGGACAAGGGAGGCUGUUAACCCCACCACGGUCCACUACUCGGCCUCCCUGCUCCCUGCCCACCCCGUAUCCUCCUCCUUCCCCAUCCCACAGCUUUUUGGAGGCUAAGGCGGAUGGAUAGUGGCGGUAGUACCUUUCUCUUCCCCUGAAAUCUGAGAGGCGGAGAGCUGUCAUUUGCCAAUUUGGCCUGAAUGGGGCGGACGGCAGAUUAAAUGUCGUUUUCCCACCAGGCUGCACCAUCCAGACCAGCGGGGGAGGGAGGGGGGAAACAGGGAGCAGGGUGUAAUGUUAGAGUAAAAUUAGAG